GACUUACUCGCGUAUCUUGCUGAUCAGCAAAAUGGUUGGCAGAUGGUGAACUUGCCCUAUUCUCGUGGCUUUGGCUUUGCCGUCAAGUUCGGCGGCAAGGCAGGCAAAAGUUAACCAGAGCCAGGUCGGAUGAGUGGAAAAGUCGCCGCCGCCGCCGGCGCUCCGCGUACGAAGCCGCAGGUUCGACGACGCGCAAAACGGGCCAUGGGCACUAAAAGGCGAGGCUGCCGACAGCUAAAGGGGUCAUCUCCCGCACCUCGACCUUUAUCCACAUCACCAUCACCAUUAUGCUCUUCAAUACACUCGUCUUGGCCGCCUCGGCCGCCUCGCUCGCCAUCGCUGCGCCUGCGCCCUCUGGGCUCAACACGCCCGCCGCCUGCACGUAUCGCCUCACCUCGCUGCAGCGCAUCGCGCCGGACCAGCCGGGCGUCGACCUCAAGAAUGGCACAACGCUCAACAUGCGCGACAUCAUCACAGCGACGACGCUUCCGUUCUCGCAGUCUUGCUACGGGCCUGAUGUCUCGUACGGGCUGGGCUACACGAAGCAGGGCGUCAAGGUGCCCCGUAGCGUUGCGUCGCCGGAAUGGGAGGACAAUUUGACACUUCGAGGGGAUGAUGCCGCGCUUGGCCUUGCGACGAGCCCUUUCAGGCCAGGAGAGGGGGAUUAUACUCUCCACUUUUUCUCGUACAAUAAAGCGUCGGGCCUCGUCGAGCGGGAGAUUGAGCAUGCCGAUAUUCGUGUUACGUACUAGACGGAGCGGUGCGACUGCGUGGGAUGGUACGUUCCAAUGCCCUCUUUCCUCCCGACGAAUUUCAAAGUCUAAUGAAUCAGCCCACGUGCCCUAAUGUCCUGCUGUGGGCUUCCCUAUCUCCCUCCC